AUAGGUGGCGGUAAAGUUACAGGAUGUCUACCUGAACUAUUAACCACGAAGAAGCAGAGUCAGGAGGUGUCGCUCAGCUGUGUUUGAAAGCGAGGAGCUGCAUGAGGAGAUAAACUGACUGCAGGAGGAGAAACAUUUGAACGGUCAGAGGUCCCUGUGUGUCAGCUCACCUGUCGCAGCUGUCUCCUCGGGGGAUUCAGAUGGAGGGUCCUCUGCCCCUGUCAUCGCUGAGGCUCCUGGUUCCACCCCUGCGGGUGAUGUCAGCUGUGAUGUGGAAGGUGGUCCGUCUGAGGAACAUCAAGCAUUAUGGCAAGGUGGAGGAGUUUGUAACCUUGGUAACUGAAGCCAUCCCUGACAUCUUGACCGACAGACAAAUAAGACUGCUCACUCUGGGCUUAAGAGCAAAGAUGACAUUGCAGACGUUAAGUUGUGACCAGUCAGAAGACCUCACAGGUGUCAAAACAUGCCUGAACAGCCUCCUGACAUCUUGUUCAAAACAGAUUAAUCCAGGAAAUGAAGCUCUUGAGGCCAACUUUGUCAGAUUUGUUCAAAGACUCCUGGAAGAUCCAAAAAGGAGAGAGCACUUUCUCGAGAAUGUCUUUCCUGUGGAAUAUGGGCCUGACUUUGAUACAGCUCUCGAGACUCUGGUUUGUGAGUUCAUCACCAGACUGGAAGAGUUGCUGCUUAUACCAGACUUUAAGCAGACUGCAGUGUGGAUCGGUGACACACCCUCUGUGCUAGAAGAGUACAUGCAGUGUGUAUCAAAAGCAGAGGACCUCAAACCAUUGCUCAGAAACAAGACGCACCGUGGUAAAAUGGCUAAGAUGGAUACCAGUGCGCCCUCGCCCUCAGAGCAGCGGCUUUUCUCAUCAUUAUCUUCACUGCAGGAGACCAAAGAGGUGGCAUGUAACACACAAACAUUUGAAGACCAAAGAAAAUGGGUGCUUUUUGAGGGGCUUUCCCCUCAGAAAGCACAAGAUAUAGGGAUACAGGAUGCAAGAUGGCCGUCUGAAAAGGAAACAAACAUUCAGGACAGCGGCAUCGCAGAGCAAACAGCAGGUGGCACAUGUAGUGACAGCAUUCCUGAUGUUCAAAUUGUGGAGGAGUUCAAUGACCAAGCGUCAGCCACCUGCUGGGUUCCCUCUACAUCUACUUUGAGUCCUGUAUUGUCCAGCUCUAUGAUCGGCCCUUCGCGGCAGAGAGUUGCACACAAAUGCUCUCAGUGUGGAAAGUGCUUCAUUUACCGCUAUGAACUCCUGGAGCAUCAGAGGCUGCACACCGGAGAAAACCCCUACAAGUGUACUCAGUGCGGAAAGGCCUUCAGGAGGACCUCUGACCUGUCGACACACAGGCGGACACAGUGCAUAAAAGCAGCUUAUAUUUGCAUCAAAUGUGGGAAUAGCUUCCAAUCAAUACAAGACAGAUUUAGACACCAGUGUGUUCAUAGUGUCCAGAAGUUUGACUGUUCUCAGUGUGGAAAAAGCUUUAAGAAAAUGCACUUGCUGAGUAAGCAUGAGCUGACUCACACCCAGAAUCGUAUCUUCACGUGCAGACAAUGUGGGGAAGUGUUCCCCUCUAUGAGUGAGCUGAGAUCCCACCAGAAGACUCAUCCUCCUGAGCUGUCCAAUCAGUGCACACAGUGUGGAAAGUUUUUCAGCUCUUUGGCCUGUUUGACGGCCCAUGAGUUACGUCACAGGCAACAGAGAACACAGAUAUGUGUGCGUUGCGGCAAAGCCUUCAGGAACAAACAUGACUUGAAUCUUCACAUGCGGAGUCACACAGGCGAGAGGCCAUUUCAGUGCACAUACUGCGGGAAACGCUUCUCAGUGUCAGGAAACUUGAACAUACACGUAAGGACCCACACAGGAGAGAAACCGUAUCUGUGCUCUGACUGCGGCAAGGCUUUUAUUUCAGCCGGGGAGCUGCAGAUACACAGGCGCACCCACACGGGGGAAAAGCCAUACAAGUGCACUGUAUGUGGUAGAGGAUUCACCAUGGCGAGCAAAGUGACUCUCCAUAUGCGCGUUCACACCGGGGAGCGGCCUUAUGUCUGCUCUGAAUGUGGGAAGAGUUUUUCACGUGGUAGCGAACUGAAAAAACACACCAUGAACCAUUCAGGGGUUCGACCCUAUGCCUGUCAGCUGUGUGCAAAGAGUUACACAUGCCUCAAUCACCUGAAGAGACACUUGAAAACUCACAGUGUAGCACAAAACCAGCCUAAUCCCACAAUGAACGACAUGGAAUUCAACGUCCCCCUGUCCUCGCUGGCACUCCUGGUGCCGCCGCUUCGGUUGAUGUCAGCAGUGAUGUGGGAAGUGGUACGCCAGCGCAACAUAAAGCACUAUGGGAAACUGGAGGAGUUUGUGUCCAUGGUAACAGAAGCCGUUCCUGAACUGAUGAGUAAAAGAGAAGGGAGGCUGCUGUCGCUGGGCCUGAGAGCGAGGACAACUCUUGAACUGUUGCGUUCUGAACAUCCUGAAGAUCUCAAAGCUGUUGAGACGCACCUCAACCGAAUCCGAUCUUCUUGCAUCGAGGAGACAAAUGAUCCUGUGAUUGAAGCACCAGAGGCUAACUUUAUGAAGCUGGUGCAGGGCCUCAUUGAAGACACUGAUGGCAGAGAGCACUUCCUCAAGAAUGUGUUUCCUGUGGAGUACGGCCCUGACUUCGACACAGCACUGGAGACUCUGGUUUGUGAAUUCUUUACCAGACUGGAGGAGCUGCUGCCAAUACCUGAUUUUAAACAGACUGCCUCCUGGAUCAGUGCUGCCCCUUCUGUUCUUGAGGAGUACAUGCAGUGUGUCUCAAACGGAGAGGAUCUCAAAUUUCUUCUCCAAAGCAAACAGUGCCAUGGGAAAUUGGCAAAGAGUAAUGUUGCUCCAUUUCAGUCAGAUGAUCUCCUCAUCCCCUCCCUGUGUCUCCCUCCGUCACUUGAAGUAGCCAUCGCUUCCCACCCAAGUGCUUGUGACGAUGAAAAUAAUGACGUUCCUCAGAUCGUCAUGUUCGAUGAAGAACUGUCUACAAACCCUUCCACAUCAACUGAUUUUCCUGAAUCCCCGAAAAGGACUGACAUCUCAUCAUCUCCUCGCAGGAGGCAGCAGUCAGGGAUGCAUAAAUGCCCCGAGUGUGACAAAUGCUUCAAGCAUCACUCUGUCCUCAUCGAACACCAGAGAGUCCACAGUGGACUGCAGCCUUACAAUUGCUCCGAGUGUGGGAGGGCUUUCAGAACAGCCACCCUGCUGGCCGGUCACAGGCUACGCAAAUGCAAAAAUGCUGCAUAUCUGUGCAUUAAAUGUGGGAACAGUUUUCCAACCUCACUGGAAAAAUUCAGACACCACUGCCCAAAACGAGGCCGUAACUAUGAUUGCGGACACUGUGGCAAGAGUUUUCAAAAGACGAGCAGCUUAAAGGAACACCUGCUAACUCACGUCCAAAGUCGCCUUUUCAAGUGCAGCCAUUGUGGGAUAGGUUUUUCAGGAAUUGGUGAUCUCAAGUAUCAUCAGCAAGUAGAUCAUGAUAAGCCUUAUCAGUGUAAGCAAUGUGGAAAGAGCUUUAUAUCCUCCAAGUGUCUCACCAAACAUCAACAGCGGCACGAAGAGGUUGGGGAAAUGGAGACCACCAAGUUAAUGAGUGGAGGUAAACAUAGGAAGAGUGGCUCCGCUCGCCGGACUUCCUCGACAUCCAUGUCGUCCAGGAAAACAUCAUUCAAAACCAUCUACCCACGAGGACGUGUCACACAUAACUGUCCACUGUGUGGGAGGAGCUUUAAGUAUCGUUUUGAGUUUCUUGAACACCAGAGGUUCCACACUGCGGUGAAGCCUUAUAAGUGCUCUCAGUGUGGCAAAGCCUUCCGCACAGAAGCACAUCUGUCCGGGCACAGGAAGAGAAAGUGCAAAAAUGCUGCCCACAUUUGUACCAAGUGUGGCUGUCUUUUCAGGUCUGUACACGAACGUGCCAGACAUCAGUGUGUCCAACUGCUGACAAAAUACGAGUGCUCUCACUGUGGAAAGACCUUCAAGAUGGCCCACCUGCUGAGGAACCAUCAGAUGAGUGAACACCAGCUCCCCUACAGCCCCAAUCAUCGCUUCAGGUGCAGAUACUGUGAUGAGACUUUCCCUGGCAUCAGUGAGCUGAAGUACCAUCAGAGAGUUGACCACGAGAAACCCUAUCAGUGUCAGGAAUGUGGCAAGUGUUUCCUGUCUGAAAAAUGCCUGGCCAACCACGAGCUGCGCCACAACGAUGACCGACCAGAGAGCUGUCUGGUGUGCGGCCGCGGCUUCAGAAACCGCUACGACUUAAAGCAGCACAUGCGCACUCACACAGGAGAGCGACCUUAUCAGUGCACCCACUGUUCACAAUGUUUUUCCACAGCGGGAGGACUGAGGAGUCACACCAGGGUUCACACUGGGGAGAAGCCACACGUCUGCCCUGAUUGUGGUAAGGCUUUCUCCCAGAUGGGUGCAAUGCGCACCCACAGGCUGACCCACACAGGAGAAAGGCCGUUUAAGUGCACAGUGUGCGGCAAAGGUUUUACAAUGGCACACAAGGUAACAGUACACAUGCGCGUGCAUACAGGAGAGCGGCCGUACGUGUGCUCUCAGUGUGGGAAAGCCUUCUCAGAUGGAAGUGUGCUGAAGCAGCACAUGCUGAACCACUCAGGGGUCAGACCAUACCACUGCCAAAUCUGUCCCAAGACCUACACCUGUCUGAACCACCUGAGGAGGCACCUGAAAAGUCACUCCAACAUGAACUGAGUCAGGCUCAAAGGGAAAGUGGAGCAGAAGGCUACUAAAAUUGCAAUGGACCAACUUAAUGAAGCAAUAAAAUUAUGCUGUACAGUUGCUGUUGAAACUGAGGUGAAAAGUUCAAUUUCCUCUUCACUGUAAAGUAACACAUUAGCUAAUUGUCAUAGAUGAUGUGAUUUAACUCUCUAAAGUUUGACAUUUUGGAAACUGCACUUAUUCCGUUGUUUUGCUGAUAAGUUUGAUACCACUCUAAUUUCUUUCUGUUAAUAAGCUGAAACCCAGAGAUGCUAAGCUUAGUAGAAAAAAAAUCGAAGCGAAGGGAACCUGCUAGACAGACGGCUCAAAUUCCACCGGGUAACAAUGUGAUGCGUUCUGUGUGGGCAGCGGCUGCCGGAGCUAAUCACGGACAUUCUAGUCAAGUUUUCAAACCUCACUUGUCCCGUUGCGGUCACGAUGUGACAGAGACAUUAAAAAUCAACCUCAAAUUAAAAUCAAAUCAAAGAAAUGUUCAUUCUUACAUUAUAGUUUUGGUUAAACAAACAAGAUAUAACAUGUUAAUUAUUGAGCUUUAGAGGUGCUCGUAGGUGAUAUUUUAAACUUUGAACAGUUAUUCUGUUUCCAAUUAUUCUGCUAAGCAAAGCUAUAUGGCUGUUGGCUGCUAACUUUAAGACUGGUAUCAAUUUAUUUAAGGAAGAAAGGAAAUGAGUGUAUUUCACAAAAUGUCAAACUAUUCCUUUAACAUCUGCACAAGCAAAUGGCCUGUCCUUUUCCUUUGUCCCCUAUUUAAGCUUUGUUUGUUUUUUUUGUUUCUUACAUUGAUUUCAGAUGCAUGAGUAUGUUUGGAUGUUGUCCUGGAUAUUAUUCAGGUUAGAUACAGUAUGUUCAGAAUCUGUAAUGUUGAAAAUAUAUUUUUGGAAAGGCCUGAAAAGUAAUAGAAAGGAAAAUGUUGGCUCUGUAAAUAUGUUGAAAGACAAAUUAUUGAGUGCAAAGUUAAAAUCAUGACACCAUUUAUUUGAAAACACUUUAUCUCCGUUGGCCUUUUAUAUGCCCCAUUAUGGUUUGCAAACCUUAUGAAUUUCAAAUUAAAGUACCUUGGUUAAUCUUUGUUGA